AUGUAUUACCAAUAUUGUUUGCUAUUAGAAGUAUUAAUAUAUAUUUAAUUGCCCUUGUGGUGAAUCUAUUUUUUUUUGUCUCUACUAUCACAGAUGACAACUUAAAUGGGAUCCAAAGAAAGAUGAGAUAUUAAAAGGUGGAUACAGGAUGUGUAGAAGGAAGUGAAAUUAAAUAAAUAAAAAGCUGGCAAAGAUAUUUGUUGGAAAUGGGAUUUCUCUUCUGGGUUGUAUGGAAAACAAGGCUUAUCAUGCACAGAAGAGUCAGGGAACGUGUACUGAAGCGUGACUUUAGACAAUAUGCAAGUUAUUGCAAAGCCGUUGUCCCAAUUACGUGCGACGUGUUCAACAACGAGCUUCUUACUGUGGCUGAAUCAUCAAGUUGCUCCCAGUAUGAACUGAGAGCAUGAGUGCAGGAUCGAACAUGUUUUUACUGACUGCAGGGUAACGUGCAAUGUGUCAAACCAAGUUUCUGUGAAGAGGCCUUCUUGCCGUAAUCUUUUACAACACUGACAGCAGCGUCAGCUAGUUUUAUGACGAGAUGUUAGAGAACUGAUAAUCUGCAGUGGUCAGAUUUUGUAAAGCUGUAAUAUACUAUAGUUUGUAUUAUAAUGGUUCAGCUUCAUCUUAAAAAGAUGAUAAUUACAUAUAUUUGGAAGUAAGUGGAUCUGUGGAUCAUGCUGGCAUAAAUAAACUGUAACGUUUUUCAUCCUAAACAUGCAACCGAAAACAAGGAAAUGCACACGAUGGACUCAGACGUCGACGUGUAACACUGUGUCGUUUUUGUUUUCAGCUGUUGAAAGCAGAUGUCAUUAAGGUUAAUGAUGAAUAUUCAAAGGUGCAUCAGGUUUACUUCAAGGUCUUGUUUAUAUACACCAUUCAACGCUUUUUCAUUUACACAUUUUGGGGAACAAACCCCAAAAUCCAGCAUAUGAAGCUUUUUUAAGUGUUUACUUUGCCCGUGGAAAGCCAAAACUAUCCGACAGUAUGGGGUUGUAUUUUAUAAUCUGCUGAAACCAACCUUUUAUUUGUCUUUUAAACUUUUCUCUAGCCUGCAGUUUUUAAAUCAGUACUUGUUCUACGUGUCUGUUGAAACUGAUCUUGAAGCUGUGAAGAGUUUACAUAUGUAUGUUUGAGUAUGUAGAGCUGAGCAGUGACAGUGAGUUCUCACAGAUUUACAGUAUCAUACCUGUCUUCAUCACCUUUUGCUGUUUGUAAAUAAAACUUCUUAAAUAUAUCGAGGCUUGUUUGUUUUUGUUGUUUUUUUUCCUCCCAUGUCUGAGGUGCAGUUCAUUAAAUUCAUCUUUGAUAUAGCACAGAAAGAAACUCAGGUACUGCUUUAAAAGUAAAUUUUAGGUACUAUGACACUAUUUCCACAAAAUUAAACAUGCCAUCUAAAAUAAAAAUAAAACCAGAAUUAAAUAAUAAAUUAUUUAAAUCCUUAAUUGCAAGAGGUUUUUAAAUAUUUACGUAUAUAAUGUUUCAUAUGUAACAUGUUCGUGUGUAACUUGAAAACUCCAUUUGAUUUAAAAUAUCCAAAAAGAACACAUACAUUAUAUUUUAUAUAACAGAUUUCUCUUCUAAACCUACACAGAUUUAGUAGCUUUAACACAGUGAUUGCAACAUACUGCAUAUUGGCUUUGGCUCAGUACUAUCAGUUCACAGGCUUUACAUCAGCACCAUCUUCAGGCCAUUUAUGACAUCUAUGAAAACUUUAAGGAUCACAGGAAAAGUAAUGGGAGAACAAGUUUAGGAGAAAACUUUAUUUAAUUUUUAUUUUUGCCUGUUUUUCCUAACACGUUUAUUCUCUAACGUGAAACUUUUGCUCUUUGAAAUUUUCUUUCUUAUGAAUUUAUCGGGUUAUUUUGUCGUCACACAUUUACUAUUAUUUUAAUAAGCUCGCGAGAGAUGUGUCGAGCUCCUGAAUUUAGAUUUCCAGCAAUAAUAAAGAAGUAACUCUUCUGUGAUCCAGUCUUUGUCAGAAGAUAUUUACCUAUCUGAACUUUGCAAGUUUUAGGCAGGUGUGAAAAAAUGCUGUAAACAAAGAAUACUUUCAGAAAUAUAAAUGAUUGUUUAUUGGCCCCACAUGUUUUCUGCAGUAGGACAAUGACCCCAAACAUACAGCCAGUCAUUAAAAAUUAUUUUCAGCGUGAAGAACAAGAAGUACUGGAGUGACGGCAUGGCUCCCACAGAGCUCUGAUCUCAACAUCAUCGAGUGUGUCUGGUAUUGCAUGAAGAGACAGAAGGAUGUGAGGAAGCCUACAUCCACAGAAGAUCUGUGAUGUUUGGAGCACCCUACCAGCCGAGUUCCUUCAAAAUCUGUGUGCAAGUGUACCUAGAAGAAUGGAUGCUGCUCUGAGGUAAAGGGUGGUCACACCAAAUAUUGACUUGAUUUAGAUUUCUUUUUUGUUCAUUCACUACAUUUUGUUGAUUGGUGGAAAAUAAAUAGCAUUCUUUGUUUACAGCAUUUUUUCCUCACCUGCCUAAAACCUUUGCACAGUACUGUAUCUGAACUCACAUAACCUUCCUAACUCGUUGGGAUUUCUCUUGCAAAACACUAUAUAACAGAUUACACUCUCACUGUGCAUAAAUUUGCCUCCCAGCCACAAGCGGUUAUGAAAGAAGUCGCCAUAUGUUUCGUAAAAAACUGAACAGUGGUUCUCUUGUGUUUCUUUGUCUCUGCUGCCUGCAAAUGUCUUGAUAAGCCGGCGCUGAAUUACACUAAUCUUUAAAGAACCUUCACUGCUUCAAGUGCCUCACAUCUGAAGGGAAAACUUUGAAGUUUAGUCUUUUUGUUUUGUUUUGUUGUUGUUUUUUUUGCUUGCAUUUUAAUUUAUUUUCACUAUUUAUUACAGAAGAAUAUAAGUUUACACUGAGAAUGACUGUUAGGAGAGUGUAUCACAUUACAGCAUUCAGCUGGUAUGCGUUUAUUGUUAAGAAUCUCAAUGAUAAGGAUGGAGAGGAUUUGCCACCAGGAAUCUUUGUUUAUGGAGGACCUUGGAAGUACCUCACUUUUUUGAAUUUGUUAUUGCAAAUGACGUUCUUUGGACUGGCGGCAGUGAAUGAUCUUCAACCUGAGAAAAAGGCUGAGAGUACUCUGAGCAAGUUUAAAGACCUUCUCUUCUCUGUCUUUGCCUUUCCAGUGGGCACGUUUGUUGUUCUACUUUUCUGGGCAAUCUUUGCAUAUGAUAGAGAAUUAGUCUACCCAGCUACCAUCGACACCUUCUUCCCUCCGUGGAUGAACCACGCUAUGCACACAUUUGUCCUUCCCAUCUUACUUGGAGAGGUGCUGGUGCAGCCUCACGUCUACCCACAGACUAAACAUGCACUGACGGCAUUAGGAAUCGUGGGCUUGGCUUACUUAUCUUGGUAAGUGCUGACUCAGCAUUAACAGCAUAAUCAAGCACUUAAAAAAAAGCAUUUCUUCAGUUUUUAUCUUUCAUUUGACACUGAUUGAAGUUCACCUUCACCUUCUGAAAGCACAACACUGUCUAAAUGCAUCUAUUUUUGCUGCUCCAGUGUGCAUA